AUGGAGGCCACCGGGAAACUUGCAUCGUGCAUUGCUUACAGUCUACGCUGUGCUCAAAAGGCUGGGUUGGAAGAAGUUGCAGACUUAUCGUGGCGAGCCCUCUUUCAUGCAGCACAGUGUCGCGGACCUAGGCAACCCAUUUGUCUCUACUCUGCCUUGGGACUGGACGUGGAACAGCAGGAUUUCGGACCGGUCUGUUCUCCAGCUCAGGAAGACCUCGGCACUUUUGUGAACAUGGCGACACAAACUGUUGAAGAGGUGUUUUCCAGUGAUGAGUGCAGACGCAUUACAGAAGGCCUGGUUGGAAGCCUGAUGGCGAAAGCACAUGACGCUAUUCAGGUGCUCUCGGACAGGAUACAAAGUCUGGAAGGCAAUGCGGUUGUUUCGGAAGUUACUGAUACUGGCAACGUCAGGGAGAAUGUACCUGCCACGGAACAGGCUUCCAAAUGGAGUGACACGGGUAUUACAGUUCCAGAGUCGCCAGAAUCCGGUCGGCAAUCUGCUCGUGUACCUGAAUCUUCGGUCUUUUGUUCGGACAUCAACCAGACUUCUUGUGUGUCAUCGGUUCCUUCAAGCUCGGACAUGAACCUGCCUCUUCCCGCAUCUUCGGUUUCUUCCAACAUGAGCUUACCUUUCGCUCAACCUGAGUACCUUGAACAAUUCAGAGAAGCCCAUAUGCUCAGAAGGCGUGCUCUGAAGGAGCAAAAACGACGAGAACGUAGAAUGUAA